AGUUCUGCAGCUCCGUUCAGCUCGAGCGCAGCUCGUUUCAGACGGGUCGCCGAAGCGAUCCGGGACGGUGCGGCCGGUGAGGAUUCAGUGCCUAUGAUCAGCGGACGAUGGAGGCCAAGACGCUAACCAUCGAGGACCUGAUCUUUGGCGGACACAAGGAGCGCAAGUCGCAGGACGAGGCGGUGCGCAAGGGCGAUGAGUUGGUCAUCAACUGCCUGCGGAGCUUGGCGAUGGACGCCGUGCAGCAGGCCAACUCGGGGCACCCGGGAACACCCAUGGCGAUGGCUCCGGUGGCCUAUGCCUUGUGGGCCAGGAUUCUGAGCUUCGAUCCGGAAGCACCGCACUGGAUGAACCGCGAUCGCUUCGUCCUCUCCAUGGGCCACGCUUCGAUGCUUCUCUAUGGACUUCUCCACUUGGCGGGUGUCAAGGAGGUGUCCAACUCCGACGAGGUCACAGGGCAACUGGCCGUGUCAUUGGAGGAUAUCAAGGAGUUUCGGCAGUUCAGCUCGAAAUGCCCAGGGCAUCCGGAGUUCGGUGAGACCACCGGUGUGGAGGUCACCACUGGACCCUUGGCGCAGGGUGUGGCCACCAGCGUAGGCAUGGCGACUGCCUCGAAGUGGCUCGGGGCGAGGUUCAAUAAGCCAGAGUUCAAGUUGUUUGGCUUCGACGUGUUUGCCUUGGCCAGUGAUGGCGAUAUGCAGGAGGGCCUGAGCUCCGAGGCCGCGAGCCUCGCAGGCCAUCUGAAGUUGAGCAAUCUUUGCUGGAUUUGGGACAACAACCAGAUUACCAUUGAAGGUAACGUCUCGUCAUCGAAGACCAUUGCCUGGAAAGCUUCUCCAGACCCAAGACCAACGACAAGCAGAGGUCGUGUCCUGGCGGCUUGGAGAUAUGCGCAGCUCGGGAUGGUGAAGCUGGGUUGGAACAGCAGCUGGGUCUCCACCUGCUGCGAAAGAAGACGCUUCUUCUCGGCAAUGCGCUUUUUGAGAAUUGUCGAUGAGGGUGCUGGUGGCUGCGGCGAUUCUGGUGCCGGGCCAGGACUUGAUGCGAUCACUGGCUGUCUUGGAAAAAAAGCUGAGUGGGCGAUGUCCGAGGACUUGUCGACGCGCUUCAUCGCCUACGGCUGGAACGUGCUCCGCGUGGGCGACGCCAACGACGUGGAGGCGUUGACCCGAGCGUUUUUGAGCUUCAGAAGGGAGUCCGAUCGACCGACCUUGAUCGUGGUGGACUCGCACAUCGCCUGGGGGGCGCCGACCAAGCAGGACUCCUUCCACGCGCAUGGCACGCCACUGGGCGACAAGGAAGUCACCGCGACGAAGCACAUCUACAACUGGCCCGAUGAGAAGUUCCUGGUCCCCGAAGCGGUCACGCAGCACUUCCGGGAUCAAAUGGCACGCCGGGGCGGCAUCGCCCGAAAGGAGUGGGAAAAGACGUUGGUGAACUACAAGAAGCAGUUCCCAGAAGAGGGGCGGAUCCUGGAAGACAUGAUCGCCGGACGCCUGCCCGUGGCGUGGGAUCAGUUCUGCAAGCCCUUCCCGGCAGACGCCAAAGGCUUGGCGACGAGGCAAUCGAGCAGCGAAUGCUUGAACUUCAUGGGGAAAGGCGUGCCUUGGUUGAUGGGCGGCUCCGCAGAUCUGGCGACCUCCUGUCUCACCACGUUGAAGGGCAUGGACGAUUUCAUGCCACCAGCCAGCCAGUGGGGCCAAUACGCAGGGCGAAACCUCCAUUUUGGGAUUCGAGAACAUGCCAUGGGCUCCAUCAUGAACGGCUUGGCCCUCUGCAAAUUGCGGCCCUUCGGGUCCACCUUCUUAGUCUUUAGCGACUAUAUGAGACCGCCAAUUCGCUUAGCGUCCAUCAUGGAGAUGCCCUGCAUCUUUAUCUUCACCCAUGAUUCCAUAGGCGUGGGAGAAGAUGGUCCCACCCAUCAACCAGUGGAGCAUGUGGGCUGUUUGAGAUCGAUUCCUGGAUUGGUGGUCUUCCGACCCUGCGAUGCGAACGAAUGCUUGGAGAUGUGGAAGUACAUCAUGCCCUUGAAGGACCAACCCGUUGCCCUGAUCUUGUCGCGACAGGCGCUGCCCACGUUGGACCGGCAGAAGUUCGCCGCGGCGGAAGGCGUGCACAAGGGUGGAUACAUUCUGGCCGAUGCGUCCACGAACGGAGCGCCGCCGGAACUGAUCUUGAUGUCGACAGGCAGCGAAGUACAUUUGAUGCUGCAAGCACAUGAAGUCCUGGCGGCGAGUGGUGUGAAAGUGAGGUCUGUCAGUGUUCCUUCCAUGGAGAUCUUCAAACAGCAGCCUCAAGAGUACAUCGACAUGGUGUUGCCCAACGCGUGCCGCGCGCGCGUGUCCAUCGAAGCCAGCCGGAGAGACUCCUGGGGAAGCCUGAUCGGCUUGGACGGCGAGCAUGUCGGCAUGAUCACCUUUGGCUUGUCGGCGCCCAGCAAGAAGGUCCAGAUCGAGAAGGGCUUCACGGUCGACGCCGUCACCGCCGCGGCCAGGCGUGUCAUGAGCGGCCAGCCUCGACAGAUCUCAUCCAGAGCAGAGGUCCUUAAGUCGUGGAAGAAACGGAAGCUGAGCACCUGACCCAGGCUGCACGGGCUCGGCACGAGCCCAGCGGUCCGUUGUUAGGCGGUGUUGGGGGGUCCCAAAACAUGAGGCCAAGGGCCACAUGACGACGCGAACGCAGCCGCUUUGGGGUUCGUCACUCAUGAUCCGUCGGUGUUUGUUGAGGAUCUGCUGGCAGGUGUUCGAUUUUUGGAUCCCCAGGCAUCAGAUCAUUGGAACGACUGGUGCUUAAUUCGUUGCAUCAGUGAAGUAUGUGAACUCUUGAGAGAGCCAGGUGAUUGUUCAAGCUUCAAUUGGUCAAACGUGUUUGAGCAAGCUGCGAGUCUUGUCAUCGCAAGCUGCGAGUCUGGUCAUCGC